UGAGCCUCUUACUAGUGGAUGGUGGGAUUGUUCUUCCGGAUUAAUCGAUCAUUUCAGUCGGAUAUUGAGUUAUAAACAAUAAAAAAAAAACACAGCAUUUGUACUGCAAAAUUCAAAAUUUGGUAAUGAAAUGGUAGACAAUGGGAUUAAUUCAAUUAUUUCCCUCACACACACACACAGGGAUUUGCAAAUGCAUUGAAAUGGGUAAAAGAGAUGAAGGACAUGGAAGAUGAUCUGAAUGAUAAGUUGAGUUUUCUGGGUGGAUUUGUUGCUUCAUUUAGAGAUCAGAUUCACACUGAUAUUCAAGUCAAGCCUGGCAAUAAUGGUCCCCCUAUUCCUGCCCAUAGAGCUUUAUUGGCGGCAAGAUCAGAUAUAUUGAAGAACAUGCUAGACUCAGAUGGAUGCAAAGCUCCACCAAAUGACACCAUAACUCUCCCUGAACUCAACUACGAAGAAUUAGAAUCACUCCUAGAAUUCCUCUACAGCGGAACCUUACCUAAAGAGAAAGUAGAUAAACAUGUCUACUCACUCUCAGUAGCAGCUGACAAGUAUGACAUACCAUUCCUGCAAAAAUUCUGUGAGCACCGAAUGCUCGGAUCGUUGGACUCUUCGAACGCACUCGAUAUUUUAGAGAUCUCAGAUGUUUGUUCUAACCAUAGUUUGAAAGAGACUGCAUUGAACUUCAUUGUGAAGAACAUGGAGGAUGUGGUUUUCUCAGCUAGGUUUGAUGCUUUUGCACUCAAGAACCCACAUUUGACUGUACAUAUUACAAGAGCUUCUUUCAUGGAUAUUAAAAAUAGAAGAAAUGGGGUUUGAGAAUGGGAGAGAGAGAUGUAAAGACUUAUGGAAUAGUUUCAUAUGAAUAGAUCAAUUAAAUUUGUAUUUUGUAUUGUUUUAAGGGUUAAUUAUAUUUUUAUUAUCCAAAGU